AUGUCGUCAUAUGCACCCUUUGUGCAAACUUGCUGGGAGGAGCACAAGAAGAAGCACCCAAAUGCUUCAGUCAGCUUCUUGGAGUUUUCUAGAGACCAUGUCUAUAAGGACAAAGAAAAGUCUGAAGACAUGGCAAAGGCGGACAAGGCCCAUUGUAAAAGAGACGUGAAAACCUGUAUCUCUUAUAAAGGGGAAACAAAAAAGAAGUUCAAGGAUCCCAAUGUACCCAAGAGGCUUCCUUUGGCCUUUUUCUUAUUUUGUUCUGAGUUUAAAAAAAAAAUCAAAGGAGAACAUCUGGGUCUAUCCAUUGGUGAUGUUGCAAAGAACCUGGGAGAGAUGUGGAAUAACACUGCAGCAGAUGACAAGCAAGCAGCCUUAUAA